UGACCCAAGUAGCAGAAGGGAGAGAGAGUUUUGGAGAAAAUGUCAGGAAGAGGAAAAAGAAAGGAAGAAGAGAGCGCGUUGGAUGAGAAUAGCGAGGGACACGCGCCUCCCAAGAAAGCGUCGAAGAUUGCGGCUGCUGAUGAGUCGGACGAACUGGUGGUUUGCGAGGUAUCGAAGAACAGGAGAGUGACGGUGAGGAACUGGCAAGGAAAGGUGUGGGUCGAUAUCCGCGAGUUCUACGUCAAAGAUGGCCAGCUACUUCCUGGCAAAAGAGGAAUAUCAUUAAAUGUAGAUCAGUGGAAUGUGCUUCGAGAUCAUGUGGAAGCUAUCGACAAGGCACUCGCUGAAGCUUAGGAGCAUUAGCAUAGCUGCAGGGAUUUAGGAUCCUUAUUUUGUGUUGGUUGUAAGAUAGUGCAUAGGCUGUGAAUUGUGAUCUGUAGAAUGUCAGAAACCUCUAGAAAUUAGUAACUUACUGGCUACAGUAGCUCAUGCUCUGCCUUGUUGUUUAGGUCUGGUUAUGGUAAUUGUUUUUUUCUUUUA